GACCGCCUCUCCCAAUGCCACCGGCUAACGUCCAUCAAUUCACUUCCCGGCCCAUCACUAACCCUUGGAACGUGGCCACAGCGGCUCAGCCGUCAUAUCCGCCGCCGGUGGUCCCGUCCGAUCCCCGUAUAUCUUAUCCGGUGAUCAUCGCCCCUCAGCUUGCACCCCAGCCGGUGAUCGUUCCUGCAACCAGACGUGGGCCGGGACGUCCGGCUGGGACCGGGGCUCAUCAGAUGCGUCGUAGAUCAACCCAUGCGGCUGCAGCUGUGCCGGAGGAAGUAGCCGGGGACAAGGAGAUUGUGACGGCGCCAUACCAGUGGGCCACCACAAGCCCGUUCACGGUGCACAGCUUGAGCGACUUGAUAUCCAAGAAAAUAAACGUGAUAUCGGGGCAAGUCCAAUGCAAACGGUGCGAGAAGAUAGUCACUGUGGAAUACAAUCUCAAGGAAAAGUUUGUAGAAAUUUCCAGGUACAUAGCUGAGAACAAGGAGGAAUUACGUGACCGAGCACCGAGCUUGUGGAUGAAUCCUCGGCUUCCGACUUGCGAGACCUGCGAAACUGGGAUGAAACCGGUGAUAAGUCAGAAGAAAGAGGAUAUAAAUUGGCUGUUUCUGCUGUUAGGGCAAAUGCUGGGAUGCUGUACAUUGGAACAACUCAAGUAUUUCUGCUAUAAGACCCAGAAUCAUCGGACCGGGGCUAAAGAUCGAGUCUUGUAUCUCACGUAUCUCACUCUGUGUAACCAGCUCGAUCCGGCCGGAACCUUCAGUCGGUGAGAUGUCUCGUGGUUAUUUGGGAUUUCGAUGGCGUCUUUUUAGGGUUUAUGAGGAUUCAGCGUUUUAGGGUUUGUGUGGAUGAGCGUCUUGCCGUCGUUACUUUUGUUAGAUGCCUGAUUCAACAAUGUUAGCCUUAA